AUGGCACCUGGCGCAGGGGGUUUCCUAAAGACCAGAACGGAUUCAUAUGACACGAAGGAAUUUCUUUCAUCCGGGUAUCCUCCUAUGGAAUCCAAUAUAAACUCGGGUUCUAUUGAGGAGGGAAACCUGUCGACAAUGGCCAAGGUCGAGCGAGUAGGGCAGUCAUCAGCUACUCCAUCCAGUCUUCGGCGGGCCGCCACCUCCGCCGCUCCUCCUCACAAUGGCCGGUCACCGGAGGAAAAUAGAACAAGAACCGAUCCGAUUGUGAUGGGUCGGCCGCUCUAAAUGAAGGCAUGUGCCUCCCGAUCAUUGA